CCCCUUGCGCACGAUAUCGAGCAGGUCGGCCAGGCGGUCGACUCAACGGCCGGCGCCACUACCAAGCUGACGCGGUCUAACGCAAACUUCGGCGCAUCUCUGCAGGAAUACGUGCAGUAUUCGAAAACCGUCGACAAAUUGCUCAAAUGGCGCCACAAGAAGCAUGUCGAGUACGAGACCCUCGCUGAUCAGCUCAUCUACAAGCCGGCCAGCCUCACCAAGCUCGAAGCCUCGGAAGCCGAAGCCCAACGCCUGUCUGGUGUCCUGCGCGCAGAAGGUGCCACGACCGCU